AUGUCUGGUCUGGGAGGAGCAACCAAAUGUCCUCGCUGUUCGAAAUCCGUAUACAAGGCCGAGGAGGUUAUCGGAGCAGGCUCGGCCUGGCACAAGAGCUGCUUCAGCUGCAAGGAAUGCCGCAAACGACUCGAGUCCACCACUUUGACUGAAAGCGCCGGAGAGAUUUACUGCAAGUCUUGCUAUGGCAAGCUCUUUGGUCCCAAAGGAUACGGCGGCUGCGGUGGUGGUGCUUUUCUCCACUGUGAAGGCAAGCCCCAGUCCAACCAGGGCCAGGGCCAGGGCACUGCCGAACCAGGGACGGGCACCGUUGCUUCUGCCGAACCAGCACCACCACCAGCAGCACCACCGACAGCAGCACCCAUGGCAGCUUCUGUUUCAGCUGCACCAAGCACCAAGCCCAAUUUUGGCUCGACCGACAUGUGCCCUCGCUGUGGAAAGGCCGUAUACUUUGCCGAGCAGGCGCUUGGCCCUGGAAACACAAAGUACCACAAGUCUUGCUUCCUGUGCUCCGAAUGCAACCGGACUUUGGACUCGUCGUCGGUGGCCGAACGAGACAGCGCCAUCUUCUGUCGCUCAUGUUAUGGGAAGAAGUUUGGACCCAAAGGAUUUGGGUAUAGCGGCGCGCUGAGCCACACCACUUGAGAAUGCAACAAGAUUUGCCGCGUGGGAGCGACGAAGGCAAGAAGCUGCAAACGGAUGACUUGACAACA